AGCAAUCAGUCACCACACCAUUCCAAUUAAUAGUUAACCCCACAACAUCGUGUUAAACUAUUCUACUGCAAGCAAAAUAUCAUAAAUCAAUGGCACCACCACUAAAGGUGGCGGUGAUCGGAGCCGGCGUGGCGGGGCUAACCGCCGCCCGGGCGCUCAAAGAGGAAGGCCUUCAAGUAUCCGUCUACGAGAAAUCGGACCGACUCGGUGGCACGUGGGUGUACGAUCCUCGGGUGGAGUCGGAUCCAUUAGGCCUCGAUCCGGAUAGAGAAGUUGUUCAUGGCAGCCUGUACCCUUCACUUCGAACUAACAUUCCUAGGCAACUCAUGGGAUUUUCGGACUACCCAUUUGGCAGUAGGAAAAAUGGUGAUUCGAGGACUUUUCCGGGUCAUGAAGAGGUGCUCAAUUUUCUGAUCGAAUUUGCUGAGGAAUUCGGACUUGUUGAGCUGAUAAGGUUCAAUACUGAGGUGGUUCGGGUGGAGCGGGUAGGGUCGAGGAACGAUGAAUGGGUUGUUGAGUUCAGGACGGGCCAAUCGGACUCCGAGGAGGUAUUUGAUGCCGUAGUGGUUUGUAAUGGGCACCAUACUCAACCCAGAUUGGCUCAUCUUCCAGGCAUAGAGAAAUGGGGUGGAGGAGAGAUUCAUAGUCACAACUACCGAGGACCUGACCCAUUUCAGCAUCAGGUUGUGGUGGUGAUCGGAGCGGGGCCAAGCGCAAUUGAUAUUUCCGCAGACAUUUGCAAGGUAGCAAAAGAAGUUCAUCUUUCCUCGAGAAACCCCGACAUUCAAAUUUCUAAGGUGGAUUACGGUGACAACAUUUGGCAACAUUCCAAGGUGGAUUGUGUUGAUGAACACGGAGUGGUUUUUUUCGAAGAUGGGGCUCGUGUUCAUGCAGAUGUCAUCCUUUAUUGCACCGGGUACAAUUACCACUUCCCCUUCUUAAGAACAAAGGGGAUGGUAACGGUGGAUGAUAAUCGAGUUGGACCUCUCUACAAACAUGUCUUCCCUCCAAAACUUGCUCCCAACCUUGCCUUCCUUGGACUCGCAUAUCGGGCAGCAGUGAGUCUGGUGAUAGACUUACAAGCAAAAUGGGUAGCAAAAGUUAUAUCUGGAAAGAGCGUUCUGCCAUCCCAAGAGGAGAUGUUGGCUGAUGUUGAGCGGCAUUAUCAGGAUAUGGAGGAGAAAGGGAUACCCAAACACUACACUCAUACCCUUGCUCAACAGGUGUCGUACGAGUACAUGGACUGGCUAGCCAAUCAAGCAGGAAAGCCAGAGGUGGACGAUGAAACCAAGUUGAAAUGUAGGAGUUAUUUCAACUUUGUUGCUGAGAAUAGCUUAUGGAAGGCAAAAGAGUGGGAACCUACCAUGGGGAUUAAACCACUCAAUUGCUGACCCCCCACUACAAAAUUCUUUGUUUAAAUGAAUGAUUCAUCUACGCAUUUAAAAAAAAAAGAAAAAAGAAAGAAAAAAAGAAAUGUGCCCAUUAUGGUACUUUUAAUUUCUUCGUGGUG